AUGAGGGUACUUUUUUCCGCGAUUACCAUUUCACUGAUCGCCAGCACCGCGCUCGCCUACGACGCCGUUCUUUUCUCGAAUCAAAGAGAAAUUAGAGGAGAAUCCAUCGAAAAAUUGGCAAAAGCAGCGACGCCAGAAGAGCCCGUCGUCUUCAUUGUUAACCCAGAUUUCACUCUUGGUCAAUUCUCGGUGAAAGCCAACGCCUACUCCUCCGAACCAACGACAGACUUUUUGGCGAAAUCUGUGAAGAACAGCAAUUUCCACGGCUCACAAUACUUCCCGCAUCCGAUUGAGGCGUCCACCGCUCAAGUCGUGACGUCAUCUGAGGAAUACAAGGCCGGAUCCGCCGUCUACAUCAUCGCCGGAGAGGAAUGGACGUCGAUGGAGCAGCUCGCCGAGCAACUCAUCUCGCGAAUCGAUAAUUCCGUUGGCGUCGUCACCUCCACCGACGCCGUCCUCCACGAGAGAACGAAUCGAGUGAAGAGAGUGGCCACAGACGAGAUGGACGGUGCUUCGGAGUCUUCUGAGGGUCCAGAAGCCACAGGAAGCUAUCCAUUCCCGCUGGUCCUCCCUCCAUACAACAAUUCGGCCAUCAAGACGACGCCUGAGGCUAAUUUGACUUGUCUAUUCUAUUUGGAGGGAUUGUCAGUUGUCGUUCAACAGAAGACUGAUAAAGCUUUUAGCUACGCGGCCGCCUAUCUGCCGGGAGCCAACCUGACGUAUUCGUAUGCCGAUGGAGACGCUUCGUGCCUCAAAGGACCCGUGGGAAACUUCAGUUUUAGAGUUCGAGCGCAAUUGCAUCAGGAUGUCACUGGAAAGCAGUUCAACACGCCCGCUUUCACCAUGAAGAGUGGGGAUAGCGUAGAUUUUACGCUGAAAAUCACUGGAGACGUCUUCGGAUACUGGAGUUUGACGGGAGCCGUGAUGCAUAAUGUGGCGGUCACUGGGCAGGGCAACUAUAAGAGCGCCAAGGUGAUGGAACAGACGAUCGGCGAACCCGAGACGCAAUACUCGAAGAUCAAUUCGGUGGCCGGCUGGUCGUUGGUCUGCGGACAGACUCAGGCCGUUUUCUUCCCCUCGGACACGGAUACGGUCAAAAUUGGAAUCUCCCUGGUCAACACCCAGAUUCAGUUGUUCAAUGUGAAUUCGAAGCCCGAGAAGUGGUUGGCUGCGCAGCAGUUCACACUUCAAGCUGAGGAUUGCACUGGAACCUUCUCGGCCGGCUCGUGGAUGGGCAUCAUCUCUGCACUGGUGCUGAUCGGAGGACUGAUCUUCGGCUACGUGAUGCUUCAAUCAGUCCAGACGAUGGAUCGAUUCGACGAUCCGAAACAGAAGCAAAUUGUGAUCAAUGUUCGAGAAUAA